CAAGAACUAGAGCCUGUUUUAGAACUUCCACGUGUGGCUCACAACAGAAGGGGCCAGGUCAGCCUGUAACAGAAAACUUCAUGGGAGGGAGUGACCGGUGGAGUGACUUGUGGAUGUUAUAUUGGCAACAGUCUAAUACAAGAGAUCUGCAUGAACAACGCUGAGAAAAAUCUAUGCAGAUGGAGCAGGCUAGUAACAAUGAGAAGAAAACUUUAGAUGCAAAAGAUGCACAAUCGACUGUCUUCUGUAAUAUUGUGGCACAGGGAGGCACUGUAUUUGCUCCAAUUAUUCAUAAUGUACAGGGAGCAAGUGGCAUUUAUCUCACACAAAAUGUAGGUGCAAACAUAUCUGAAGCUGGGGCCAAAGAUACAGCCUCAGUGAUUACAGAUUAUAAGGAGUCAGUAUUGUCAACAUAUGCAUACACUAGGGAAUAUACCUCCUGUCCUGGUGAGCAUGUGCUUCUAGCAGACCGUUAUGUUGAUCCUCUGAUCAUUCAAAGCACCAGAGUGAAGAAACAGAGGGAAAAGGAAAUGCGCACCAAAGGAAAUAAAUUGUUCAACCUCAAUACAUAUGAUGCCAAUCAAAGCAUUAGUAUUGAUAACUUGUUUAGGGAAGAGGAUGGUCCAGCAAAGAAAUGUCCAAAAGCUGUCAUUCUCCAAGGAAAUUCUGGAAAUGGAAAGUCUUUCAUAGCACAAAAAAUCAUUCUGGACUGGGCUGAGGGAGAUCUCUUUGCAGGGAUUUUUGAUGUAGUCUUUCACCUUAGAUGCUCAGAGCUUAAUGGAAUUUCAGGAGACAUACGGCUGGUGGAACUUCUAAACUGCAGUGAAGAAAUGAAUCAGAUAUUUAAGGAUAAAGAUAAAAGAAUUCUUUUCCUGAUUGAUGGAUUUGAUGAACUCAGAUGUUCUCUACCUAAAAAGGCAUUGCCUGUCCGAGUUGAUAUCCAGGCUAAACCUGAAGCCAUCCUGAGCUCCCUGUUGAUGGGAAUCAUGCUAAGAGAGUCCUUCCUGCUGGUCACUACAAGAUCAACAUCUACAGAAAAAUUAUCAAAACUGCUCAAGUGUCCACACAGCUUCAGGGAGAUAAUGGGCUUUUCUAAGAAGGGAGUUCAAGAAUACUUUCAGAAGUUCUUUGAGGACAAGGAACUUUCAACCCAAGUGCAUGAACAAGUAAAGACACAUGAUGUUCUCUACACAGCUUGCUUCAGCCCUGUAAUGUGCUGGCUCAUCUGCAAUGUCUUUAAGCAAAAGGCUGACAUGGGCGCAAGAAUGAAACAAUUGAAAAGUACCACAUCAAUUUUCAUUGAUUUUGUGUUCAUCCUACUGGAACAUCACUGCCAGGAUUUAAAUCAAUCUCAGAAGUUCAUCCUGCUGAAGAACCUUGGCCAGUUAGCUGAAGAAGGAAUGCAGAAAGGCAAAAUACUAUUUGAAAGGCAUUUUGUUCCUGAGCUGAUCUUAAAUCUGGUUGGGAUCCCUUUCCUCUGCACUUUUCAAUACAAAGCGGGAGCACACAUUAAGGAAAUGUUUAGCUUUUUGCAUCUUUGCUUUCAAGAGUUUUUUGCAGGGCUCUUCUACAUCUUACUUGACAACAAAGAGUGCAAGAUAAAAAUCAAGCAAUUGCUAUCAUCUGUUUCAGAUGGGUUUCACUAUUCCCAUCUUUUACCAGUCAUCCGAUUUCUUUUUGGAUUCUGCAACAAGAAUGUGACGAACUUGAUCAAUGAAAAACAUCAACACACUGUGUCUCAAGAAAUCAGUUCCUCGCUAGAAGAAUGGAUACAAACAUUUGUAAGACAGAGAAAAAGCAGACCAUAUAGCAGUUUUAUUAUUCACUGCUUGUAUGAGGUCAAAGACCAAAACCUUGUGAGAAAUGUUAUGAAAUGUUGGGAAACAAAUGAAGACGGCAUUAACAUUUUUCUGAGUUCUUCACAGAUGACAGAGUACCAUGCAGCAGCAUACUGUCUACAGUUCUGUAGAAAUAUCAGAUACCUGAGUCUGCAUGCAAGUUCAGUGCACAUUCUGAAUAUGUUGGAAGAAACACUAAGCAAAUGUUCCACACUAGAGUUGACAGUAAACAGUAUGUCAGAUGAUGAUGUGGACUAUCUGAUCUCAGCUAUGAGAAAAGGAAGAAAACUGAAAUACCUAAGGAUCGAAGAUAGCAGUCUGUCUGACCACAGUAUACAGAUGAUCAUGCGAACUCUGAACAAACGGAGAUCAGUUACUGACAUUUAUCUCACAGUAAAAGCCAUUAAUCACAUCAACACUGAAAUCCUCAUGAACUUUUGCAAAAGUCUGAAGGAUGAACAACAUUUCAGAAUGAAGUUGGCUACUUCAGAGAACAAUGAAGAGAGCCUUUGCUUAUGUUAUGCAGUAGAAUGUUACGGCAAUGAUUUUUGUUCCAGGUACCAAAUAACCAUUGGUCACCACGAUGUGCAUUCUUCUCUGAAAUCUGGACUGGGCCUUGUGAACAUCUCAGUGGGCGUUGACUCAUUGACAUACCACAAUGACAUAAAAAAUAUCCUUUGGAUAUCAUACAAUCUGAGAGAAUUUGAAAGUCCUGUGUUUGAAGAGAAUGUAGCAGCACUUCUGUCUGUUCUCCAUUCCAUACCUGGGCUAAAACAAGUGAAUCUGUCUGCUGAGAAUUUGAGCAUGAAAAGUGCUGCAAAGAUCCUGUCAUUUUCUCAAGAGAGACCUAAAUUUGAACCUGAUUUCUUCAGGUGUGAUGUGGAGCACCUCAAAUGUAUCGAUGAUGAGAAUGUUUGCUCUUUGUCAUUGUCCACACAGAAUAGAGAUUACUGGGAUUGUGUGGUGCUAAAUCUGAAUUUAAUGAAUUACCGAUCAAGUCUUCAGGAUGCACAUAUGAAGGAAUCCAAACCAAUACUUCCGGAUUUCUCACUGAGGUUUUCUUUUAUGGAGGGUGCCACUGUUAACUGGGAAGGUUUAUUUGAAACGUGUAGUGAACUGAUGACUUCAAAACAAAGAACAAGUUUUUUUUUGGACAAGCAAAUGGACACACUCUUGUCACUACUACAGUCUGUGCCAUUUUUGAAUGAUCUUUACAUACAUUUGGAAAGCCUACCUGAGAAAUGGGCAGUUGGUGUGAUUUAUUUUCUCCAGGCCUGUUCUAGUCUAGGCAUUUUUCAAUUGAGCAUGGGCAGUGAAGGUGAAACUCUGGGAAUAAUCAAAGGAACAGAUUCUUCAUGGUCAUCUGAGAAAACAUAUAUGACUUUUGGAUGCAGUCAUCUUGGUUAUAAUUAUCAUGGCUUGACAUCAACAAAUUGUGAUAAGCACAGUGUGCUUCCCUGUAUCAUGCUCACCAUGAGAAACAAUACCAAAUUCUGCACUGAUUCUUGGGACACAUUUUUCCAUCAUUACAACCAACUUAAAACCAUGACUAAACUCUGUCUAGAGUAUGAUCAGAGCUUGGAUGUAGUAUUAUCCCAUAUAAACACUAUUCCUGCACUGGAGAAGGUAGAGAUGGCAUUGCAGUUCUUGACAGUUCAUGGUGCUUCGAGUAUUCUGCACCUUAUUCUGACCUCGUCCAGUCUGUAUAAGAUUGAUGUUGUGCUGGCAAUGUGGGACAUGACGGAUUUUGAGAAUGACAGUCAAGACUGGAUGAGUUUCCAGGGUGAGAGUGAUGGAGAUAGCAACUGUUCAGACCUCAGUGGCUCAAAUACAGCGACAGAAUUUAGUGUCCAGGGUGAGAGUGAUGGAGAUAGCAACUGUUCAGAUUCUAGUGGCUCAAAUAGAGCGACAGAAUUCAGUUUCGAAACUGAAAAUUAUGAACUGGAUCUCUGCUCAAAGUUAAGAAUAAGGAAAACCAUCGAAAAUAAAUUCAAGUUGUCUUUGAGAUGUAAUAGCUCUGAUCCUGACACAAAAGCAGUUUUUGCAUACAUUUCACUCACUUUGUCUAAAACAUCAAAUGAAACAGAAAUCAUUUGGAGAAACUUCUUUCAGUCGUUCUAUGAGACUAAAGGAUUAACAAAAAGAUUUAUUUCACAUCACAGAGACAACACGUACUUUGAUGAGAAAUUGAAUGCCUUGCUGUCUUUCUUGCACAAUUUACCUGGACUGGAGAAUGUGGAAUUCGGUACACACAGUCUAAAUGAAAGCUGGGUUUCUUGGAUCUUCUCUCUCUCUCAUAAAAACCCCAACAUUUUUAGUAUCUGUCUGCUGUUGGAACAGAAUGAGCAAGAUGAUAACAAUGCCUGUUCAUCUUUAACCAUUAAAAGAAACUUCACAGAUGCCAUGAUUACUGUGAAAGUAGAUUUGCUACAGAACACCAUACCAUCCCUCAUUCAUCUCAAGUUACCAUGUGCUGAGAUCUGCAACAUUGAUGGUGCUGGUCUGCUUUACAGACUGAGGCACCUUAGGAAUUUAAAUGACACCUCCCCAGAGUAUGAUAUGCAAAUGAGUGAGCUGAUCUCAUUUCUCCACUCUGUUCCUCAACUUCAGAAAGUGAAAUUGAGAAUUGAGAACUUAACUACAGCCUGGGUUAAAAGGAUCCUUUCUCUUAAAACCUGUCACAGUCUUACAAAGAUUCUGGUGACUACCUCAUUAAGCAACAUUUUAGUGGAGAAGGCAAUUUCAGAACUUGAAUAUAAAUGGACACGUCAUGACUGUGUUGUGGUUAUCAGGGGAUGGAGAUGCAACAAUCCCAUUGCUACAUGUUCACAUCGAAACUUUCAUCAAGAAUGCAACAAAGAAGUGAAUCUUUCAUUCUGUGGAGGCCAUUGUUCGAUAGUACCCAUACAAGAUAUAUACUGUGAGAAAGCAGAGAAACGGUUUAAGAGCUAUUCCGACGUUUAUGCUGAUACAGAAGAUUAAAUGGCUUUAUUAUU